CCUUUUUCUAACCUUAAAGCACUCUUUCCUUCUUCACUCUUCACCAUGUCUCACUGUUUUUGCUGCUACUUCUUUCUCCUUCCAUGUUUUUCCAAAAAUGCCCAGAAAAGCAUCACCCUUUUUCCACAAAGUCUCCCUUCAUCUCCUCAGACUCUCUCUUCUCAUCCACAGAUUAAGAAAACCCAUAUUGCCAAAGCUCCUCAAGAGGUUCAAGAAGUGUCAGGAGUUGAAGCUCCUGAAGCACUCUGAGUAUGGAGAGUACCAGUUCUCCGCUUCAACAACUCCCCUCAUUCCUGGUUACCAUCGAAACCAGUUCAAGAACAGGGUCCAACCACCUCUGUGUUCUUUCUUGUAUCUGUAUUGGUGCCUUGGCAACUUCCAAGUAGAACGAAGUGGGGAGUGCCAGCUGGCAUUGGAACCCUUUGAAAUUGGAGAUGAAACAAGCCUAGUUCAGGAUUUGUUUGAGUGUGGUUCAGGGGAUGAAGGUGAAUCGGUUGAUCAGAAGGCUGAGAAGUUCAUCCAGAGUUUCUACCAGCAGAUGAGAAUGCAGAGGCAGGAAUCGUUCUAGCUCUUCAGAUUCACUUUAUAUUUUUCAAUUCAUUAUUCCUUUCUUGAUUGUUUUAUUCAAUCUUUGCAUUAAUUUCGCCUUCGUUUUGCUUAAUUUAAUUUUCAAUCAGGAGAAAUGGAUUA